GAGAGAAGCUUCUUUAACAAAUUGAAUUUCUGUAGAGAAUGCUCUUUGUGUCUUUCUUCAGAAGCUCGCAGCUUGCCCUCACAAAUUUAAAAAGACAAACUUCAAUCUUGCUCUGCCAAUAAUAAGCCAAGCACUAAACUAAACAACAACAGCUCUAACAACUAAAACUAACAACAUGCUGGUCAAAGACGAGAUGAAGUUUGAGCAAAAGCUCAAUCAGUAUGGGGAGAAGAUGUUGCCCAACAAGAAGGAUCGGGGGGGUCGAAAGAAAAAGCUGAUUGCUCUGAGGGAAGUGAAGCACAUGCUCGAUGAAGUAGCUACGCGAAGACACAUUCUUUGCAAGGAGAAUGAAGAAACUCGCAAGGCCAUUACAUCCAUGAGGCAAGCACUCACGGCCAUGCCCAAGGCAAUCCAGGAGGAACGGGCCAAACUCAUGUCCAAGGACCGCCAGACCAAGGAAGCCAUACAACGGCAGGGGGGCACCAUGAAGAUGGUGAAUGAAAACAUCCGGGAAACACUCUAUGCCAUGCACUUGACCAUGUCUUCCAUGCCAAUCAUUGUGGCAGCAUCUACCUCCUCUUCCAUGUCUCAGCAUGCACUCUGCAACACGUUGCUCAAUACUUACACGCACCCUUCAGUCGCCAUCUUGCCAAAGGCCACUACUGUUCCAGUUCCUGCAGUUAUUGCGUCCUGGCCAUCGCAAGUGGCACCAGAGAAGUAGCACUGACUAACUAACUAACUAACUGACUGGCUAUUCUCUCCAGCCAAUAAAAAUAAAUGUUAUCAUUAUUCUAGACUUAUAUACCAUGAUCUUGCGGGGCA